AGCAUCUGGUGGCCGUGGCUUGCUUCAUGGCGGCGUCCGUGCUAUGUAGAAAUGCUUGCGGCCGGGAAUGCGGCAAAGGUGCUGACGGAAGAGUUUUCACCACUUGCUGCAAAAGUUGCGCAUUUUUGAAAGAGAAGCAUGGCUACUGCGGCCACGACAUUGAUUGUGACAUCCGCGCAAACGACGCCGUGUGUCCGCCUUGGUAUUGGAAGGCCGCCGCAGAGUGGCCUGGCAGCUUCCACGAAGAAGUCGGGGGCGAAUACGUCAAAGAGAUGGGCACCAAGAUCCUGCGGCGGCGCCUGCCGGAGUGGCGGGUGCUGCGCUGCGAACGGAUCGAGGUGCGCAGAAAGCCCAGGAUCCGCGAGAGAGGAGUCCGCAAGGCGGACAUCCAACCGGAAACGGCGGAGAGCAUUCAGUUUUCCGCCAACACCACGCUGGAUCAUGGGGUGAAUGAGGUUUGGCUACUGCACGGCACCUCGGAGGAGGCCGCCAAGGGGUGCUUCGGCACCGGGGUCUACUUCGCCGACGACGCCAAGAAGAGCAACCAGUAUGCCAAGGGCCGCACGGAGGACAACUGCAAGAUCAUGCUGCUGUGCCGCGUGAUCUUGGGCAACGUUAUGGUGCUGCCCAAGGGCCAAGACCGUACUGCGGACCGCUUUGCGGAGGAUCCCCAUGUCGCGCGGCUACGGCGGACCCGGCUGUGGUGCAAGACGCGUGGCAGGGACGAGACUGGAAGCAAGACGCGCGGCAGGGACGAGACUGGACGAGACUGGAUGGUGGACACGCGGCUUGGCGUGCGAGCAGACCAUACCAAAAUCGGAGGCAAGACGCUGGCAGGACGAGACUGGACGUGGGCCGAGCGGCUCGGCACGCGCAAGACGCAUGGCAGGGGCGAGACUGGACGUGCGCCGAGCGGCUCGGCAUGCGCGGGGUCCAUUUUUUCCGUGAACAUCAUCCAGGUAAACACGCUGCGCAUUCGCACUUGA